AUGAAGACGGACAACUAUCUGAGUCUCUGCCUCGAGCAGGCUGCCAGGUCGCCGCUCCACUACCGCCAUGGAGCUAUCAUCGUCCGCGGCGGCAAGGUCAUCGGCCACGGCUUCAAUGACUACCGCCCGGGUUUCAACGGAGGUGCCUUGAAGCACGGCCGGAUUGCUCAUGGUAGCCUCGAUGGCGAGGCUAUGAAAGAGCUGAAGGCGAAGCUGAAUAAAAAGAAGCAGCAGAAGCAGCGGUCGGACCACCAGCAGCUAAGCCAGUCUUCUUCUACCUUCACUCCCUUCGAAGAUCGUAGCAGCAUGGGCGGUGGUCAUUCCGUCAACCAGCCCCUCUCCAUGCAUUCCGAAAUGAUGGCAAUCUACUCCGCCCUACCUCACUCCUCUUCGACGAAAUCCUCUACGACCUUCUCCCGCGAAAAACCGUACUUCAAACUAUCGGGUGGUGAUAAACGCAAAGCGCGACUACGACGCGACCUCCUCAUGGCAUAUGUUGCGGCCGUCUGCGAGACCUCCACCUCCACCGGCAAGUCACGGGUUCAAGAGUGCGGGUUUGAAGGUUCCGCAUCUCGAUCAGGUGUCUCCGGAAGCGGCCUACAACAAGUCCAAGGAGUACAACGACAACAACAAGGACGAGCGGGAGAAUGUGGAAAUGGAUCCGCUGGCGCGAGCGUUGAGCGACGCUGGCGCGGCGUUUCACGGGACUCAGAAUGGAGAGCAACAUCAUCAGAAACUGAAGAACCAGAAGUAUGUGAAAGGUCAGAACGAGAAGAAGAAGGGGUAUCAGUAUCAGUAUGAGUACGGCCGGUAUGGAUCACAGACACAGUACGGGCAGCGAGCACAGGCACAGCCUUCUGUGUCUAAGUCGAGGCGUGCUUCUGGAGAAAGGGAAAAACGAGCAGACGACUUACGAGACCACGAUGCCAUGAAAACGAGCGACGACAACGACAAGGACACGACUGUAACGACAAGCUCGGGCUCGGCAGCCUCCACCCUGGAUCAGAAGCGCAAGAAGGACUACAAGAGGGUGCGUGCGACAGGACAUGAGCUGUAAUAUGUAAUCCGUCACUGACAUGAAGCAGUCUGGCAAGAUGAGAACGAGCCCGUACUCCGACGAUGACCUGCCAUCCAGCCAGCCCACUUUGCUUCCCACGGGCCGUGCUGGCGAGAACGGGAGCAAUCUGUCUGAUCGCAGGAAGUACCGAAGCUUGAAAGGAGCGGACCUCUAUGUUGCAAGACUGGGAUGGUCUGGCAAGUCUUCGAAGAAGCCGAGGAAGGACGCGGUCAGCACACCGCCGCCACCUCCAGCUCCGAGCAUUGCAGGAUACAAUACCCUCUCAUCCAGUACAUCGUCUCUUUCUAGCCUUUCGACGACAAGCUCGCAUGUGGCCACAGGGUCGUUGCACGACGAACUGACCAACCGCGAGCCAUCACCAUCUCCUGCAAACGCCCGGCCGAAAGACACGUGCGGACUGCACCAUUCUAAAAUACACGCCUCCCGCCCAUGUUAUCGCUGCAUGGCCUUCAUGGAGUCGUUCGGCAUACGCAGGGUGUUCUGGACGAACGACGCAGGACAGUGGGAGGGCGGAAAGGUCGCAGCGCUCGUGGAGAGCAUCGAUGGCGGGAUGGAGGACGUCGAAGGCGUAAGCGGAGGCCCGACGGGCAACGGACUGUUCGUAACCAAACACGAGGUCCUGAUGCUGAGGAGGAUGAUGGGUCAGAAGUAA